CAAGUUGGGGCUGGACCAAAUCACUCGACAGGUUCCUGCGUCUAGCCAAUCAGGUUACAGGUGUCUAGUAUAAGUAAUGCAGCUGAAUUGAGGAAUCUCUACAGUCUGUGUUUUCUUCAGUGUAUCUUUGGACCACUGCUUGGGCAUCAUGAAGGUCGCCUCUUUUAACAUCCAGAGAUUUGGGAAAUCAAAACUCUCCGAUCCGUUUGUGCUGAAAACACUGAUCAAGAUUGUGUCACGCUAUGACAUCAUUCUUAUUCUCGAGGUGGUGGAUGCUAGUGGAGAUGCAGUGGAUAAUUUUCUCAAAGAGCUGAAUAAGUUCAACAAGACACACCGUUACACACUGGAGAUAAGCACACGCCUGGGAAGAGACAAUUACAAAGAACAGUUCAUGUUCCUCUACAGGGAUGACUUGGUGGAUUUGGUUGGGUCUUACCAAUAUGAAGACAAUCAGCCUGGAGAUGAAGAUGCUUUCUCCAGAGAACCGUAUAUUCUGCGAUUCAAAUGUCAUAAUACAGUGUUGGAAGAUUUGGUGCUGAUGCCCAUCCACACCAAGCCUGACGAUUCAGUGAAGGAGCUGGACGAACUUUACGACGUGUUUCAGGAAGUCAAGAGGAAAUGGAAGACCGAUAACAUCAUGAUUUUGGGGGACUUCAAUGCAGACGGCAGUUACGUGUCUAAUAAAAAAAUGAAAACAAUCCGCAUCAGGACAGAUGAGAACUUUCAUUGGCUGAUCUCAGAUGACGAGGACACCACAACCAGCACCAAAAAUGACAACACUUAUGACCGGAUUGUGGUGUAUGGAGACGAUAUGUAUGAUGCUGUUGUUCCAAACUCUGCAAAACCAUUCAACUUCCAGAAGGCCUACAAACUGACGGAUGAGGAGGCGCUGAAAGUGAGUGACCACUAUCCAGUGGAGGUGGAACUGAAGAGAAAACGUUAAAUGGAAAUGCUUAACUUGACAUCAUAUGGACAUGAAAACUAUGACUCUGGAGAUCUGUAUAUAAAGACAGAUAAGCUAUUAUGAACACUUCUGGUCAUGCUUACAUGUUGAAAUGCUUGGAUAUUUUAGUUGUUUAGAAUGUUACAUGAUUGUUUCACACUCAAAGACAUAAAACAUCUGAAAUCGGA